AGUGAUAACAAACUGACCCAACAGACUCGCACGAUGGCUUAUUUUGAUAGAUAAAUGAUUUCAGCGUUGUAUACAGUAGCUGGUCCACAAUGAAGAGUGCAGGUUGCACGACGGCUAUCGUGCUGUUUUUCGCUCAUGCAGCAUUCGGUGCAGAUCCAGUAGGUGGUGUCUGCAAGGGGAAAAUUACUGCAGAUCGAAGCGUCGAGCCUGUUUACCUUCGGUCAACUGACUACAGUGUUUUAAAGCAUGUGGACGGAACUUACCAAGUUGAGAACGGAGAAAGCGUAAUCGUGGCGUGCCCAGGAAGCAGCAAAAUGUUUGAUAUACUUUUAACAACCGAUAUCAAACUCGAGGAUGGAACUAACUCAUUUUUGGCAACGUGCAACAAUGGAAAAAUAAACCCCUCAAUCUUGGGUGUUCAGCGGGUGUUUGAGAUUGGACAGUGGCAAUGCGAAACCGAGCUUGUCGUAGACGCAAAAACGGAGACAAAAAAUGCCCAAUGUCAAGAAACAUGGAUUGAUUCUGGAUUUGAUGCAAAAUAUCGUGCAACAACCAAUUUAACAACAAUUAUCAGACACACUGCCGUGGGCACCUGCUAUAACGAAAGAACAAAGUCCGUCCUCUUCUCUAAACAAAUAUGGUCUCGCGGAUUAUCUCUUGGCAGUUCUUCAAGCUCUUCGUGGGACUCGAUUUUCCUUGACAAAACUGAUUUGGACAAUCUGUAUAAAAAACACUCGGACUUGGACAGAGGGCAUUUGGCUCCCGAUACUGACUUCCAAAACUAUGCUCUUAAAAAGCUGACGUACUAUUACCAUAAUGCAGCACCGCAAUUGAGCGCCGUCAAUUCAUCUGGCGUUUGGAGAAAAUUGGAGGGAAGAAUGUGGGGAAAUCGUGAAUCCGCCGAAGUUUACACAGGAACGAGCGAUGGCGAAGAGCAACACGCGUCAGGACAACCCGAGUAUCUCGAUAAUCAGAGAAAACUUGUCCGCAUUCCUGAUUUCUUUUGGAAGCUCGUCUUUCCCGGCGUGGAUUCCUAUGGUCUCGAUGGUACUCCUUUUGGUUACGUCAUUUGCAAUAAGGAGAGAGUUCGCAACACACAAACAAAGAAAGUUUUGUCAAAGCACCCGUGCGAUGGCCAACUUCAAGGAGGCUUUUGUCUCUAUGGAGACGAUACACAAUUGAUUUCUAACUUGUUUCCCGAGGCACGCGUUAACUGACUUAUUUCGCAGGACCUGACAUUUUAAUUUAAAUUGUACGAUCCGAAUACCGUAAAUUUGUUUUCAGAGCUUUUACCGUUUUCCCCUGUGGCAUUUUUAUCAAUAAAUGUUUUUUAAUGACGUACAUGAGCAUUAAACAAAAAGCUCUCUUCAAAUUCAAGAUUUGUAUUAUUUUGUUUUUUAAAAUAAACAGGAAAUUAAUUCUA